UAUAACUUUCCAAUUGCAUGCUUCCCUUUGGUCUGUUCAGAUGUAUGCGGUAGAAGAAAAAAAAAGUCUUCUGCAUCAACUUCCGCAUCUCAUUGGCUUUAGGAUUUGUCAAAAUAUUCAAUUUUGAUGGAGAGGAGGGUUUGUUAGAAUGGUUGAGAGACCCCUUUUCUCCAGGAGCUGAGAACUGGGUUUUGCACUAAUUUGAUGCAUGUACUUUUGCAGGAGCCAUGCACCCAAUGUCAUUACCACAAACUAACAAGCUAAGGUCAAGUUUCAUGAUUCUUAUGAUUGUUCCUAUCAGAGGAAAGACAAAUUUGGGAGAGCAUUGGUGAAUGGUCCAUGAUUUUCCUUAAUCCAAUAAUAAAUGGACUUGAGGAGGUAUCUGAAGUUUAAUGAAACUUCUAUCAUUUCUUUGAAUGUAUGUUACCAGCUGAGAGUUGAUUCAAGUUAUCCCUGUAUUGUGUCUACCCAGCAACUGAAGCCUCAAGACAUGAACUUAGUGUUGAUGGAGAUCUAUUACAGCAUCUGCUUGUAGAAGGAAAGAAAUGCCACUUGGAGUUCAUAAAUAAAGCUGAGCAUCUUGAUAUCUCAAAAGGACUUCUGCAAAAGAAUGUGCAGUAGCUGCAUUUGUUUUGGCAUUCAGUGGGUGAGAUUCAAGCUUUGAUAUUGCUAGAAUUCCUUUUUGAAGAUUUCAUUAUUGUUGUAAGUCUCUAGUCCUAUCUAGAGAAGAAACUUUGUAAGAAUGU